AUGGACAUUGACCAUGCAUUGAUCAUAGCGUUGGUGGAGAGAUGGCGGCCGGAGACGCACUCAUUUCACUUGCCCCACGGUGAGAUGACCAUCACACUACAAGAUAUGGAGGUUAUAAUGGGGGUACCUGUAGAUGGCUUGCCGUUGGUGGAAUGUAUACCCUCGACAGGCAGUUGGCGUGACGUCUGCCGUAGAUUGCUAGGGCAUAUACCGCCAGAUAGAGAACUUGGUCAUAAUAAGAACACUGGAGUGCUGGAAGGGGCGAGCAUAAAAGCCAAAUGGCUUGGGGAUCGGUUUAGUAACCCUCUCCCGGUUGACGCCCCUGAGGCGCUUGUCAACGGAAAGAAGUAUAGUUGGGGUAGUGCAGCACUAAGUUGGCUCUAUAGACACCUUUGUAAGGCAUCAGAGAAGACAACCAAGCAGAUCGACGGUGCACUGCUAUUGGUGCAGUUGUGGGUGUGGGCGAGGUUUCCCCACAUAUGUCCUGUGAUGAGGCAUCCACACCAGGCAUUGCCUCCAGGUCCACUUGCUGUCAGAUGGAAAGGGGCUAAGAUAACAACUGAACAUUCAAUGCACGUUCUACGUGCCUAUCGUGUGUCGCUUACUUCACUACGGCCAAAUUAG